CGCCAUCUUGUGCACACGUGGAUGCACAUCCUGAAGAAAGCGUAUCUGUGAUUGGUUAGAAUCGUUAGAAUGUACUAUGCUAAAAAGAAUUUCUUCGCCGAUCCCAGAUGCAAGCAGCUUCUUGAAGAAGAAUGCAUCAAAAAAGGCAAAGGAUAUUCAUUUAAAGGAAUGGAUAUUCAUCGAUGUCCACCGAUCUAUGAAAAUCUACUCUGCUCGUCGCAAACCGAAGUAUCAGGAAUUCCGAGCCUGCCCUGUACACCUACCUCAAUUUUGGAAUACACCGAUCUGAUGAUUGCGAAUCUGAAAGCACUUGUGAUUGCCAGGAAGAAAUGUUUUCUGAACAACACACAAGGAAAUUUUGACACGAACAAAUUCGGCGUUCGUCCAACGAACUACUCUCUGUGUUAUUUGAAUAAAUUACGUCACAUCAUCGACGGUACUGAGAAUAACACGCAAUGGUACGAAAUGACGGAAGAUUGGAACCUGUUUGAAUGGUCGCCACAUAUCAGGAUAGCAUCGCAAAUUGGAUGUGUCAUUUCGUUAAUUACUCUUAUUAUUGCUAUGAUAGUCUUUUGUUCGCUUGGGAAACUCAAGAAUCCCAGAAGUAAACUGAACAUGCACCUAUUUGUGUCUUUUAUGAUGAAAACUUUGAUGACCAUUUUAAAGAAUUGGAUUUUUAUUGAUAAACUUGGAAUGGCUUGGGGCGUCAUCUUUGUCAACGAAUACAGUGCUGUUAUCCACGAACGCGAUAUGUUGAUCACUAAGAUUUUCACAAGUUUGUGGCAAUAUUUCAACGUGGCAAGUUACUUCUGGAUCUCGAUACAGGGGUUGUAUCUACAUAGACUGCUUUUCAAACCGCUAUAUGUCGACGGUAGUAAAAUAACUCAGUAUAUCAAAUUAGGCUGGUGGCUUCCCGUCUUAUUGUUAGUAUUAGCGAAAUGGUUCAUAGUACAGAAAAUUGUUAAAAACAAUUUCUGUUGGACUACCUUUUGGCAAAUUACCCCUUUAGGAUUGCUUGCUAUAAAUAUAGCAAUCAUCGUAUCAAUUGUGUGUAAUUUCCUGUUGUUCCUCUCUAUCGUUAGGCUUGGAAAGGUAUCAGGGCAUCUGUUAUGGAAAAUAAUGAAAUAUAAAGCAUGGGCAAAAGCGACUAUGGUUAUGAUACUACUUUUUGGAAUACACUAUACUUGUUUCUUGGUAUUAUUUUUCUCUCAAGGUGUCAGAGGCAAAAACAUCUGGUUAUUCUUUUGCGAUCAGCUAUUUACGUCCUAUCAGGGUGCUCUCGUGUCUUUACUGUAUUGUCUGCUAAACAGCGAAGUCGUAGCGGAAAUGCUACGAGCAUGGAGGACUCGACGAUCAAAGAAGAAGGUCGAAUUAUCGAAUGUAUUCGUACUUGGCCAUUGAGAAUUACCAAACAAUUUAAAGAAUGAAAUCAACCGAAAGAGGUUUCGAUCGGAAGGUGAUGAUGGUACCACUUCACACCGUAAUGAAGAAGUUGUCAACGAAAGAUGUUAAGUAGAUUUUAUAAACUAUCGCGAUGUUAAAUAAAAGUGUAUGUGUUUAGUAUUUACAUAAUAUACUUAUAAAAAAUGUUUAUUAGUAUAAAGAUAUUAAUGAAAAAGUCAUAUAGAUAACAAUCAAAAAUCUACUUUUAAUAAAAGCAUAUUAAUUCGAUACAUCAAUGUUGUCUGAACAUUCUCGAAGUCUAUCGCUUCUCUUUAUUGUAAAAUGACAAAUUAGUUUUUCAUUGUUAAAUUAGCUUUUUCAUUGUCAACAGCUGUCACAUAAAUCUUCUUGAAAAAAUUACAAUUUAUUUUGAUAAU